AAGUAAAAACAACAACAACUCGAGAGAGAGCAAAGCUUCUUCUUUAAUUUAUAAGCUUCAUCUUUUCUUUAUAAGUAAAAACAACAACAACAACUCGAGAGAGAGAGCAAAACUUCAUGUUAUCUUUAUAAGCUUCAUCUUUUCUUUAUAAGUAAGAUUUGAUUUCAUCACAUUUUUCUUCACAUUUCUUGCUUUACCUUUUCUAAAUGGCUUCUUCUUCUACAAAACAUUUCGACGAAAUGGAUGAAAGAUUUGAUCAAAUUUUCGAUCAACAAUUUGAAAAUCUUCUCUUUCAUAAUGAAAAUUGCCAUGAAGCACGAAGGUCAAAAAAGAAACGAGCCUACAUUGAAAGAGAACGAGAACAAGGACACAUGCAGUUAUGGAAAGAUUAUUUUUUCUGAAGAUGCAACAUAUCCUUCUAUCAUGUUUCGACACCGUUUUCGAAUGAACAAGCCUUUGUUCAUGCGUAUUGUGGAUCGACUCUCCGCUGAAAUCUCAUACUUUCAACAAAGAAGAGAUGCUACUGGAAGGUUCGGUCACUCUCUGUUACAAAAGGCAACUGCAGCAAUUCGUAUGAUGGCAUAUGGUUGCCCAGCUGAUGCGGUCGACGAAUACCUUCGACUUGGUGAGUGCACCGCGCUUUUAUGCUUGGAACAUUUUGUUCAAGGAAUCAUGAAUUUAUUUGGAGAUGAAUAUCUAAGAAGACCUACGCCAGAAGAUUUUCAACGACUUCUCGAUAUGGAGAGAUACGCGGGUUUCUCGGGAUGAUAGGAAGCAUCGAUUGUAUGCAUUGGGAGUGGAAGAAUUGUCCGACCGCAUGGAAAAGUCAAUAUACACGUGGAUCAGGAAAGCCAACAAUGUUUUUAGAGGCUGUAGCUUCACAAGAUCUCUGGAUAUGGCAUGCGUUUUUCGGACCUCCAGGUACAUUAAACGAUAUCAAUAUUCUUGAUCGAUCACCGGUUUUUGAUGAUAUAUUAAAUGGUUGAGCUCCAAAAGUGAAUUACAUUGUCAACGGACACGAGUACCAUUUUGCUUACUAUCUCACAGAUGGUAUUUACCCAAAAUGAGCUACUUUUGUCCAAUCUAUUUCACUUCCGCAAGGUCCGAAAGCAUCCUUAUUCGCUACAUAUCAAGAAGAUGUACGUAAAGAUGUCGAGCGGGCUUUUGGGGUCUUACAAGCUCGAUUUGCCUUAGUCAAAAAUCCAGCUCUUUUGUGGGAUAAAAUAAAAAUUGGAAAGAUAAUGAGAGCGUGUAUCAUUUUGCAUACAUAGAUAGUAGAAGACGAACGAGAUGAGUACACUCAUUAUGAUGUAUCACUUCUCGCACAACCGGAAUCAAACCAAAGUUCACAAGUGGGUUUCGAUUUUUCAUCAACUAUGCCUUCAAAUCUCGGGAAUAUGAUGAGCAUGCGGGGUCGAGUCCGUGAUAACAAAAUACAUCAACAAUUGAAAGCUGAUUUGGUUGAGAAUAUCUGGCAAAAAAUUAGAACAAAUCAAGAUUUCAACUAAUCGGUUUUUUUCUCAUUUACGAUUAGUAUUUGUAUUUCCUAUAUGUUGUAAUGUCUUCUUUUUAAAAUUUUUAUGUAUGCUUUUAUUGAAAAUCAUUCUACUUAUAAAAAAAAAUUAAGAACCCCCAUGAGGUUCUCCCAUUGGAGGAGGAAAAAUAAUUUACACUAACAAAGAUUCUUAACUUGUCUAAUCACCUUAUUAACUACUACUAGAUUCUUUAACCGCGCUACGCGCGGUUUAUAUUUUGUCUUGUUUUUUGCAUUUAUUUUUAAAAAUUCGUUAACUUUAUGUAAUUUUAUUUAUUGAACUCAAUUGUUUUGUCUUACAAUUUUACGUAUUACUUGUAAUUUUAAAAUUUAUAACUUUGCAUAUUUAUUUAUUCUUUUAAAAUAGUGGUCUGUUAUUUGGAUCACUGUGAUUUGACAAUUUUUCUAUUAUUUGAACGUAUUAUUCUAUAUACUAUGUGGGCAUUUACACGCGAAUGAUAUGGUAUAAUUUGGUAAAACUUUUCAUUUUUGUAUGUAUAUUUUUGUAUUCUAGAUUGUAUUUAGUGUAAAUUUAGAAUAUAUUCUUGUCUGACACAUUUAAACCGAAUGUUUUUUACUAUGUUCUGCAUAUAUUUUGUAGCACAGAGUUUUCUAUUUUUAUUUUUUAUUUUUGAAAAAGGCUUAAGUUUUUAUUUUUAGUUUCUCAAAUGUAUUAUGGAUUAUGUAUUGUAAAAUAGGUUUCCAUCAUACGAAACCAAAAAAAGAAUAACAUGAUUAACACAAUAAAGAUAAGAAUGUAGUGUAUGGUUAUUUUAUUUUGUUUUGUAAACUAAAUAUUACAUCUAAAAUUUAGCAGGAUUCCAAAUUAUAAGAAGUGAUACCUUUGGCUAAGAUUCAGCGAAAGAGUUAUAAAGAGAGAAACAACGGAAGUUGAAACGUCAUCGUCUCUCAUCUUGCAAGGAUCAACGAAGGGAAUUAAGUUUUAAAAAAUGAAGGUUCUUAAAUGUAGAAUAACGGUAAUUUCAGAGAGUUCAAUAAGAACAAUGAAAAUGAAGUGUUUUAUUGGAUUCAAUAAAUAGUGAUACGCAAAAAAAAUCAUGUCAAUAAAUAGUGACAUGACAAAAAAAUCAUAUUUCAUUGGGAUUUAAUUUGCUGAGGUGGAUAAGCUCAAUGGAACUUAUAUUCUCCUUUUAAUAGAGUAAAAUUUUAAUCAUUAAGAUCCAAUUAGAAGUUCUAAUGGAUGGACUUGCUCUAAGUUGGUUUAUCCGCUUAUCAUAUUUAUAUAUGUAAAGACUAGUGAGCUCCUCCACCUAGUGAUAUAUAUACUAACUAAACGAUGUCAUGCCACUAUUAUUAUUCGUAAUAUAUAGUAGAUGUUUAUAUGCAUGGUACAUAUGUGAAUGUGUUGGAAUAUAAAUAGUGGCGCAUAUAUAGAUGUGCCUUAGUGAAUUUGUGCGCUUGCUAGUUUUGACCCCAUUUCCAUUUGUUAAUAAUAUUUUACUGGUGGCAUACCUCAUAAGUCAUAAGUUGGUCUUAAGAAAAAUGGGAGACUUAGUGGAUGAAACCAGUAUCUUCUACCAAACCAAGCUCUUUAAAUACCACUCUUUAACUAACAUCUCUUCUCACAACUACAUUACUAGUAAAGCUGAUCCACUUCAAGCAUCAUACUACUUCAUUUCUCCUCUUAUUAGUCUUCUUGUUUCAUUCACCAUUGAUCUCAAAACAACAAAAUUCUACUUCACUUCUCUCUUUCUUUUGUUAUCCUCAUUCUUCACAAGUAAAAGCAGAAUAAUCAAGAGCAAUAAAGAUACAUAAGAGAGUGAUGUUGCUUCUCAUCUUUCUAACAAUCUCCGUAGUGGCAACAAGCGCAAGUCCAUGGAUACCGAUGGAUGGAAACAAUCCAGCUAGCUAUUGCUUAAGCUGGAGACUAGCAAUAGAAACCAACAACGUACGUGCGUGGCGCACCGUACCUCUACAAUGUAUGCGUUACGUUGAGGCAUAUAUGCUUGCUGGUCAAUAUGACAGAGACGUUGAGUUGAUUGGGGAACAAGUUAGGGUUUAUCUCAAUGAGAUAGUCCUUCCUGGUGAUGGCAUGGAUGCAUGGAUCUUGGAUGUUGAUGAUACUUGCCUCUCAAACGUCUACUACUAUCGGCUUAAGAGAUACGGAUGCGACCCUUAUGAUCCAACAGGAUUUAGAACUUGGGCAAUGAAAGGAGAAUCUCCAGCUAUACAACCUGUUCUCGAACUCUUCAAUGAUCUGAUAGAAAUAGGAUUCAAAGUUUUCCUAGUAACCGGGAGAGACGAAGAGACCCUUCGCCAGGCAACAGUUGAAAAUUUGCAUAAUCAAGGCUUCACCGGUUAUGAAAGGUUGAUCAUGAGGACAGCAGAGAACAAAAAACAAAGCGCCGCAACAUACAAAACAACAAUCAGAAAGCAGUUGAUGGAAGAAAAUUACAGGAUAUGGGGCAAUGUAGGCGACCAGUGGAGUGACAUACAAGGAGAAUAUUCAGGGAAUCGCACCUUCAAGAUUCCUAACCCUAUGUACUUCGUUCCAUAGGAAAAAAAAAUUACUAUAAUCCUUUUCAAGCAAUCAAUUACAUGUACAACAUUAAAAGUUCAGUAAAAAAAAAUUACAUGUACAACAUGACAGUGUAUACACAAAGGUACAUCCCAACUUGUCAUAUUAUACCAAUACACAAAAAAAUGAAUGUAGUGGACAGAAUAAUACGGAUAUAAUUUCUGAAAUAAAUAAAAAAUAACCCAAGUUUUAUAUAAAAAUGAAUAUAGUGGACAGAAUAAUACAGAUAUAAUUUCUGAAAUAAAUAGAAAAUAACCAAAGUUUUAUAUAAAAGUGUCAAAAAUCAAACGAUAAGAAUCAAUCCAAUAGAUGUGUCGUUUUUUUUUGUUUUUACAAUAAGAAUUUCAAUACUCCCUUUACCCUUCCCCAGCCACACUUUUUUCCCCUACAUACAUAUUAUAUAUCUCAACAUUUUUUUUUCUUAUAUCUCUUUUUCUGAUUCUUUUCUUUUUUUAAGAAAUAAUCUGUAAUGAAUCUGUCUUAUAAAGACGAAUAAAACAAAAAUAAAUAAAAGGAAAGGAAAG